CUGGAUCAAACCCGCUCCACUCCGCGUCCGCUUUUUCUGCGACGGCGAGGGGGGGUCCGCGACGCAAUGUGUGCCUGGCAAUUAGGUGGAUUCUCACAGCUGGCGGCGAUGCUUCUCGUAAAGAGCCGCCAUGCGGAUCCGCUUCUCGUGGGCUUUUCCUUGACCACGUGUUCUCUCUUUGCAGUGGACACUUGGCACCUGCAACUCACCGUGUGCGUGCUGGGCCUUUUGGGUACCGUGCGCGGCGUGCGCGGCGUGCGCGGCGUGCGCGCACGGAACCAAUGGAUGCCCCCGCCGGCGGAGCGGCACGCCGUGCAGCUCCCGACGCCCGUGGUGCCCGUGGUGCCCGUGGGGCUGGCAGCGACGCGCCAGGGGGCCCCUGGGGGCCGAGUGUUGUUGGGGGCAGUGUCGCCCAUGGCUCAAGUCAAGGGCAAACACUUGAGCCCCAUCCCUGAGUUCAUGCCCACCUCCCCUGCGACCACGGCGGGCACGGACAGCAACGAAACCAACGAAACCAACGAAAUGGACGCGGACAGCGCGGACAUGGAGACAUUUCCAGAGCCUGAUGUGGAGACGCUGGAAGGAGAUGUUCAAGCCACAUUAAAGAUGGCUGGAAAGAGGUGGUCGGUACAGAAGCUCAGCCAUCAACAGGCCACUCACAUCUUGGUGGCUUGUCACGUCUUAUCUUCGCAGCGUCGCCUGUGGGGCCGAAAACCCGAUGCCACGUGGGGUUGUUUCCUCGAGACUCUGCGCCGCGGGCGGAAAAACCCAGUGACACCAAAGCUCUGGGUGGAAACCAGCCGGUGGUGCGCAGCGCAUGAGACCAAAGAGACUUGGCAAGUUUGA